AUGCUAUUGUGGAUUGUGGAGACCAAGUGGAGUAAACGACUUAUAAGGAAGAGGAAUUUGUCUCCUUUGAAUGUUACCAGGGUGGAUAGAGGACUUACUAGAUUUCAGUCGAUUAAAGCAGAAACUCCUGGGAGCGCUUGUGGUACCGAUUCUUGUGGUAAGCUGAAGAUGAACGAGAUGGGAACAAGAAUGACGGUGACGGUUCAGAAAAAAAAACCUCAACAAAAGGAUGAUGUAUCAUCUGACUGGCUAGAUACAGCCGCUCAUGCGGUGGUUACUCUUGAGACAGUUGCUCAUGAGAUGCUUUCUGCAGAAUUUCAUAAGUAUAAUCAAAAGAUGUGGCAGUUAGCGUUCACCCUUAAGAUGCUCAAUAUGUCGCCUAAUGAGCUAAAGGUGCUGGUGUUUUUGGCUCUUUUGGUUAUAUGA